AUGAGUGACGAUGAAGAUGAACUUCAAGUGGUCCGCAAUCGACCAUACGAUGAAUCGUUGGAUGUUGCCGAUGACGAAGAAGUCGCAAGUAUCUAUACGCCUGUGCCUCCGGGGCCGUCGGCAAGGAAGCCUCCAGCACCGGAUACAACUCCAAAUAUAGGUAUCGGACAACUUGCCCGGGAGCGACCUAUUAUACCGAGACAAGAUGAUAAUCCUCGUGCUCACAACCAUGGUGGUGGUGGUGGUGGUGAUGAUGAUGAUGAUGAAGAUAAUGAUACACAAGACGAGUCUGGUUCGGAACCACACUCGUCUGAAAUGUCUCCGGGCGCUCAUGAGCAACAAGAAUAUAAACACGAUGUGGAUGUCUAUGACCCUAAAAUGUAUCAUGAUCUUCCAGUUGCACCGGAGGUAAAAGAUAUAUUCAGUUACAUCGAAAAGUAUCAACCACAAGAUAUUGUACUGGAAACAAAAUUGAAACCAUUCAUUCCGGAAUAUGUGCCAGCAAUCGGCGAUAUCGAUGCUUUUCUUAAAGUACCUAGACCUGAUGGCAAAGAAGAUAAUCUUGGUUUAACUGUUCUCGAUGAGCCGUCGUCCAGACAAAGUGAUGCACAUGUACUAGCACUUCAGAUGAAAUAUACAUCAAAACAACCCAUUGCAUCUAGUUUACUGACCAACGUUCGUAGUAUUGGCAACGCUGAUAAAAGUCCUAAAGCAAUCGACGAGUGGGUUCACAGUAUAAGCAAGUUACAAAAAGCCAAAACAGGUGAUACUGUUCAAUAUCGAAAGCCAAUGCCGAAUGUUGAUGAUUUAAUGCAAGAAUGGCCAACGCAAUUCGAAGAUCUUCUUAGAGAGACAUCUGCACCGCCUGCUGAUAUUGAUACAGAUCUAACGACGUACACUGACAUAGCUUGUGCACUUCUCGACAUUCCAGUAUAUGAAUCGCGUAUUCAAUCAUUACAUGCAUUGUUCUCGCUUUAUCUUGGUUUUAAAAAUUCUGAGCAUUUCAAAGCAAUGAUGGAUGUAUCUGAUACACCUUUUCGUCGUGGAGGAACCAAUAAUGAAUCAGAUCAUAUGAUUAUUGAUUAA